CUACACAUUGCAUAGUCACCCUGUGUUGCAUGUUUGCUUACUUUGAGUUAUCGAUAAAUACAAAUCAUAAACAAAUGGAAUCACGUUUUGUUUAAUGGAUUUUGCGAAGAAAAUAUUAAGUAAAUACGGCUGGAAGGAAGGCGAUGGUUUGGGAAAAAAUAACGACGGCAUUGCUGCCCCACUGAAAGCGAGUCUGAAAUUUGAUAAUGCAGGUCUGGGCGUUGAUCGUGCCAAAGAAUUUAAUGAUCAUUGGUGGGAGCGCUGCUUUAACGAGGCCGCUGCAAAUGUGAGCGUUCAGGUGGAGAAAGAUGGUCAGGUGAGCACAGCACGCAAGGAAGGUGAGGAAGCUGUGGAAAUCUCUACGAAAGGAUACUCUGCACGCAAACUUAAGAAGGCAAAAGACCAGCAUUCAGGUGCUAAUGGAGGCGCUGUAUACGAGCAUUUUCUUCAAUCAGCACUACUCACACAAGAUGAAGGCGAAGUGACAAACACGGACCGCAUAAAGUCGGAGGACAUUGCUGUCUCAACAGUCAACGUGCUGACAGAUGAGGAGUUGUUCAAGGCUUGUGGGGGUAGAACUGCGCACAAGGGAGCCCGACAUGGACUGAAAUUGAGCGGUAAAUUGGCGCGUAUUGAGCAGCAGGAACGUGAGAUGCUGGCUAAGCUACAGCUCAAACAGACCGCACCGGAUGAAGUGGUGGAACCCACAAGCAAAAAAAAAAAGAAGCGUAAGGACAAAUUAGCAGAAAAAGUCGAGGUUGUGCCUUUAGAAACUAAGAAGCGAAAAUUGGAAAGCUGCCCCGAGGAAGUUGUCAAGUCAAAAAAAAAGAAAAAGAACAAUAAGUAGUUGGACUAAUUAUAGUGUACAUAUUUCUUGUAUUUAGUUAUAAUAAAUCUAUACACGCU